AUGCCACGAGUCAAACAGCCUGCAAAGGCACGGAGCCGAACUCUAGAUAGCGUUGCUGUCACUUUUGCCUCUUUUUCUCCAUCUCAUCAUCCGAACUUUGAUGGCAAAACCCUAGCCCAAUUGAAGGCUGACAUCACUUCUUGCGGUGGAUCUUAUGUCACAAAGCUUGAUACGGCAACACAUCUGAUUGUCUCUGAAUCUCAAUAUGUGAAACGGAUCAGCAAGGUCAAAGAAGCCCUUGAAGAUCAUUCCUCGGUCACCAUAGUUUCCUAUGACUGGCUAGCUGAUUCGUUGGCCUCUAACACCCCGGUUUCUGCCGCCAAUUAUCUUCUGGAACAAUCCAAUACUGCCGCCAACGGCGCCAACGGCACCAACGGUCAUGCCGCAUCACCAGCUUCGGACGUCAAGCAGGACUCUAGCAAGGCCAGCAAGGCUAGCAAGCGCAAACACGAGGCUGAUGAUGGCGAUGACGACAAAAAGAAACGUAACAAGCCUUCUGCCAACAAAUCAAAGUCGACUGUAAAGGCUCCGCCUGUCACUGUGGUCCCAGUUGACGAUCAGGUCCCGGACUCUGCAGAGUAUACUGUUUAUGUGGAUGACACAGGACUCCCAUGGGACGCAACACUAAACCAAUCCAAUGCCGGGAAAAACAACAACAAGUUCUACAGGCUUCAGGUGCUCGCCCACAAAUCUGGCUCAUACCAUUGUUGGACACGUUGGGGCCGGGUCGGCGAACGUGGGCAAAAUAAGGUGGCCAAAAGUUUGGCUGUGGAUCCAAUCAUUGCCGAGUUCAAGAAAAAGUUCAAAGACAAGAAUGGCAACGCUUGGGAAAACCGAGACGGGCCUGUCAAGAACGGAAAAUACGUCUUGAUUGAGAUUAACUACAACGAAUCUGAUGACGAUGAACCUUCUACUCGAAAACAAUCGAGCAAAACCAAGAAAGAAGAAUCCGAAGAGGAAGAGGAAGAAGGUCCUCCUGUCGAGAGCAAACUGGCUGUCCCGGUGCAAAAGUUGAUGGAACUGAUCUUUAACACAGAUCUGUUCAACGCUACCAUGAAUUCGCUUGAUUAUGACGCGACUAGGAUGCCCUUGGGAAAGCUCAGCAAAAAGACGCUCUUGAAAGGCUACGAAGUUCUCAAAGAAUUGGCCGCUUUAAUCGGUGAUAGUGCGUCAGCAAGUCUGACAGCUACUAACUACGCCGCUGCAGUUGAACAGCGCAGCAAUCUGUAUUUCUCGCUUGUUCCUCAUGUGGUUGGCCGGAAUGCGCUCCCUAUUCUCCGAGAUAUGAGACUCAUCAAGAAAGAGAUCGAGCUCCUGGAGACACUGACGGACAUGCAGCUUGCAAAUGAGAUCAUGAAAGCCGCCAAAGGAGCCAAGGUAAAUCGAGACCCGGUUCAUAUCCUCGACAGACAAUUCCAUGGCCUUGGUCUAAAAGCCAUGACUCCUCUCAGCCCUUCCAGCAAGGAAUUCAAAGAGAUUGAGACUUAUUUGAGCAAGUCAUCUGGUCAUACGCACUCGAUCACAUACGAGGUUGAGGAUAUCUUUCGCAUCGAGCGUACCGGCGAGGAUGACCGCUUCCAGAAUUCCGAGUAUGCCAAGUUGGGUGCGAAGAGCGAUCGCCGUUUGCUUUGGCAUGGCUCGCGUUGUACCAACUUUGGAGGAAUUCUGAGCCAAGGCUUGCGCAUUGCACCUCCAGAAGCCCCAGUCUCAGGCUACAUGUUUGGCAAAGGUGUCUAUCUUGCCGACAUGAGCACAAAGAGUGCGGGCUACUGUGCUUCUUAUGUCAGUGGCGGUACAGGUCUCCUAUUGCUAUGCGAAGCUGAGCUUGGAAAACCUCCUCUCAAGUUGACCAAUGCCGAUUACGAUGCAGGAAAGCGUGCCAAAGAGAACAAUUUAAUCUCCACUUUGGGAGUAGGUGCAACGGCUCCUCAAGCAUGGAAAGACGCCGGGUGUAUUCACAAGGAUCUGAAAGGAGUUCAAAUGCCUGAUGUGACGAAGAAACCACCUGGUGCAACCAACGAGGCCAACGCUUAUCUGAUGUAUAACGAGUACAUUGUGUACGAUGUUGCUCAGAUCAAGCUGAGGUAUCUUUUACGAGUGAAGAUGUGAAGUGAUGCAGCUUUCGUAGCUGACUUCGUAGCUGACUUCACAAGAAGGACAUAACGAGGAUAUUUUAGACUCUCAGGCAUCAUCACAAAAUAACCCCGUGUCAUCUAGGCACACCAUGGAAGCACAUG